AUGAUUAAAAUACUGCAAAAAUUCAAUAGGACACUCUUUCAUUUCUCCAAGGAAGUUUAGCUAAAGCAAAGUGAAACUUUGGGCAAAGGAUUUUAUCAAUAGCAAAUAUUUACAGGAUGCUUGGCUGAGUAUGCUUAUUACAUUGAAUCAAACAAAGAGGCCAUCAUCAUCGAUCCUCUUAGAGACAUCCAACCAUAUCUGUAAAUUCGCUUUAUAUAAUUUUAGCAACAUUGCAAAAGAGAGAGGAGCAAAAAUAAAAUAUGUCUUAUUAACACAUUUCCAUGCAGAUUUCAUAGCUGGACAUCUGAGUUUAUAGAGAGAAACAGAUGCAUAGAUAAUCAUGGGUCCAAAGGCUACUGCUCCAUUCAUCAACAAAGUUUUGAAUGACAACGAAUUUCUGAAUCUCGGGAAAGUCAAGAUCCAAGCUCUACAUACUCCAGGACACACCCAAGAGUCAACCUGCUUUUUAUUGUAUGAUGAAGAAGGCAAAUAGCACAGGUAUUGUAAUUCCCCAAGUAUUUAGCAUCUACACAGGAGAUACAUUGUUUUUAGGUGAAGUAGGUAGACCCGAUUUGGCAGUCAAAAGCGAUGUCACCCAAUUUGAUUUAGCCUCAAUGCUCUAUGCUUCACUUAGAUAAAAAAUAUUGGGACUUCCCGACGAGGUUAUAGUAUUCCCUGGUCAUGGAGCAGGUUCAGCUUGUGGCAAGAACAUCUCAGCUGGUUAUAGUUGCAAUAUCGGUACUCAAAAGAAGAACAAUUACGCUUUACAAGAGAUGGACUAAGAGACCUUUGUAUAAUUAGUGGCUAGUGAUUUGCCGAAGCCCCCAUAAUACUUUUUCUAUAAUGCAGGCUUAAACAAAACUAAUCAAUUCUAAGACCUAAACUUGAUAUUAAAGAAAGCAAACACUAAAUUGACUCCAGCAAAAGUAGUCUCAAAAUAAGGAAUACAAAUAAUUGAUUCUAGAAAUUCUAUAUCCGAUGGCUUCAUUCCUGGAUCAAUCAAUGUGCCUCUUUAGAUUCCAUUUGCUACUUGGGUUGGCACACUCCUACCUCAUGACAGAGAAAUCGUUAUUGUAUGUGAGCCUGGAUCUGAAGAAUAAACUAUCAUGAGACUUUCUAGAAUUGGUUAUGACAAUAUUGUUGGUUAUUUACAUUUCGAGGAUUGGAAGGCAGCUGGAAAUUCUAUCAGCAAACCAACAGAGUUAGAGGUGUAAGAUUUCCUAAAGAGGAGCAAACUUGCAUAAAUUGUUGAUGUUAGAACCAAAGAAGAAUGGGGUAGAGGUAUUCUGAAACAUGCACAAUUAAUCACUCUUAGUGAAUUACCUUAAAAUUUAGAGAAAUUAGAUAAGUUAAGAGAUAUUAGCAUAUAUUGUGGAACUGGAUAAAGAGCAAAGAUAGCUCAUACAUUAUUGGUUGCCAAUGGAUUUACAAGAGUGUAAUAUUGCAAAGUAGGAUAUGAUGAUAUCAUUAAGUGAAGUUUCAUAUUUAUUAUAGUG